UUUUCCAGUCGCCAUUGAGAGGUGAAAACUACGCUAAAUGUCGGUGAUGAUUUUAAGAUUUUGAGUGGUUUCUUUAAGAUUAUACCUGUUUUUAGUGUUGUGAAAUGAAAAUGAAGUGCCCCGGACUACCAUGACGCAUCAAAAUCACCAAACAAACGGUGCAAGUCUCGAGGAUUGCCACACAAACUUCUUCGCCUUGACGGAGCUUUUCGGCAUAAAAUGGCGUAAGCUUGUGUGGGGUGAGACUAGCGGUGGCGGCGAGGGCGAGGAGGGCGCCGCUCCGUUGGCGGACCCCGUGAUCAGCAGCUACGCGCGCUGCCUCGCCGGGGACAUCCUCUGCGUGUGGCGGCGCGUGCCCGCCCCGCAACCGCCGCCCGACAUCUAUGACAUGAUGCCCGCCCCGCCGCCACCGCCGCCGCCGCUUUCACUUCGCGCCGCCAAAGAACUUUGGAUAUUCUGGUACGGCGAGGAGCCGGACCUCAACGGACUCGUCGCACCGGAACUCAUAUCGAGCCAAAGCGAACACGGCUCCUGGGAGAGCGGUCUGUCGUACGAAUGUCGUUCCCUGCUGUUCAAGGCCUUGCAUAACUUGAUCGAAAGGUGCCUGCUUUCGCGAGAUUUUGUGAGGCUCGGCAAGUGGUUUGUUCAACCUUACGAUGGUGACGAAGAAGAUGUUGGAAAAAGUCCGUGGCACCUGUCAUUCUCUUUCGCGUUCUUCCUGCACGGCGAGAGCACGGUGUGCGCGUCCGUGGACGUGCGCCAGCACCCGCCGGUCAGGACGCUCACCCCCAAGCGACUCGCCAAGCUGAACUCGCCCGACAACCAGGCCGACGCUAAAGUGAUCCUCGCUCCGUUCGGGCUGGAGGGCGCGCUGACGGGGCGGCAGUGGGGCGACGGCGACGCGGCCACGGCGCGCCUGCUGGACGCCUGGAGACAGCUCUACCCGCUGGAGCAGGGCUGCGGCGCCGUCGAGGUGGUGUGCGGCGGCGCGCGCAUGCGCUACCCCGCGCCCUACGCGCUGCUCACCGACGUGGCGCGGCCCCCCGCCGACGUGCCGCACCCCCCGCCCGCCGCGCGCGCCGCGCUCGCACUCACCGCGCCCGCGCCGCACCAGACGCUGGAGGCGUGCUACGCGGACCCCGCGGGGGACAAGAACGACGACUUCGUGGACCCCUCCCGCAAGGCGCCCUGCACCUGCACCAAGUGGCGUCGUCGGAGGCCUCCACGACCUCCGCCCUUCCAUCGACGGACGCUCCUCGCUCGCGCCCACACACUCGCGCACCCGGGAGUGUGUGGGGGGUCGGGGUCGCCUGGUUCGUGCUCCGGCUCGCCGCCCGCCGCGCCGCCCUCUGCCUCGCCGCACCCGCACCACGCCGCGCUGCCCGCCCACCAGUGCUCCCCGCAGACCUCCGGGUUGGCCUCCACGACGCUGCACACGCCGGCGCCCACCCCCGACCCGCUGGCACCCCCCACCCCCGCGCCUUCGUGUCUGCCGCCCUCCAAGCACAACCAGGGCGAGUCGGGCGCGUGCCCCGAGCUGCGGCGGCGGCCCGUGCUGCCGCGCGCCGAGCGCCGCCCCGACCCGCUGGAGGACGAGCACUCGCUGCACAUGCUGUACGACUACACCACCGUGCACGCCUGGCUGGAGCACCCCGUGAAACGCUUCAAGAGCGAGGAAGGGCGGUUCCGCGAGGAGCUGGCGCUGGGCCCCGCGCCCGCCGCCGACCUGUACGCCGGCCACCAGCACACCACGCCCGACCUGCUGCCCGACGUCAAGCGGGAGCGCCAGCAGGACGAUGCCAAGGAGUACAAGAACCUGUUCACGUCGGACGGGCUCUGCCCCACUUUCAAGGACCUGGAGCAAAUAUUCGACAACUCGGACGACGCGGCCAGCGGCGAUGAGACGGUAAGACUUAUGUCCACGGCCCUGGACAAGUGCGAGGAGGAGAGCAAGCGGUGCGUGGGGCGGUGCGUGCGCGCCGAGGAGCUCAGCAAGAUGUUCCCCACGCCGCCCUCCAUGGAGGCGCACGCGCAGCCCUCGCCCGGGUUCAGCCUGCCCGACGACGCGCCGCCCCGGGACGACCCGCCGCCCGACACCGCCAUCGAGGACUGGUCGUUCGUGUUCAAGCCGCCCACCGUGUACAAGUACGUGGGCUCGUCCAAGUACGCGGCGCUGAGCACGCUGCCCAGCCAGCUGCUGCCGCCCGUGGCGCUGCCGCCGCACGCCGUGUACCGCCCGCGCCCGCGCCGCGACCCCGAGCCCGCCGCCGCCGCCGCCGCCGCCGCCGCCGACACAGGAGUAAAGCGGUCUGCGUCUCCGGCGAGCGAGUCCCGGCCGGCCGUCGCAUGCGGCGCGGGGGGCGCGGGCCGGGGCGCCGCCCGAUCGUGCCGCCCUGCCGUCCCGCCCGCGCUGACCGCCGUGCCCGCCCUGCCUGCCUCACCCGCCCUGCCGGCCUGUCCGCUGCUGGUCAACGUACUGCUCGCUGACACCGUACUCAACGUCUUCCGGGAUCAUAACUUCGAUAGUUGCACGGUCUGCGUCUGCAACGAAGGGACUAAGGUCAUAGGUAACAUCAGGGGAGCAGACGCGGCGACCUACCUGUCCGAGGGCGGAGAGGGGAGCGGCGAGGAGCCCGCCAGCUGCACGUGCGGGUUCAGCGCCAUCGUCAACCGGCGACUCGCGCAUCGAUCCGGACUCUUCUAUGAGGACGAGAUGGAGAUCACCGGGUGUGCGGAGACCGUGAGCAGCGCGGGCGGGGCGCGGUUGGGCGACGUGACGGGCGCGGUGCUGGCCCAGCUCGGCAGCGUGCACGCCGCGCCCACCGCCCUGGCGCGCGCCGCCCGCACCGCCGCCGCCGCGCACCACCCGCACGAGCAUCUGCGACUCAACCUGCUCGAGUACUCUGAUGGAGGAGCUGCUGCGGCGAAAGCGUUACGAGCGGCGGGCGGAGCCUACGCCGGCGCCGGUCCCCCGUGCAGCAACGCCCCCGUCGGUGGCUCCAUUAAUGAAAGUGCCCCCAGCGCCGUGCACCGCUGGCCCUUCAUCGGAGCGCGGGCGCCUCGCUCCUCCAGGGACGUCGUGAGAUUGAUGCGACGACUCCGGCCUUUGCUCCAGGAUGCGAUCCAGAAGCGAUGUUGUGGAGCGCGCAUGUGGGACGGGGUCACGGGGCCGCUGACCUGGCGCCAGUUCCACCGCCUGGCGGGCCGGAGGAACGAGGACCUGUGCGAGCCCCAGCCGGUCCCGUCGCUGCUCGUCGGACACGACCGCGACUGGAUCUCGCUCAGUCCGUACGCCCUGCGCCACUGGGAGCGCCUCAGUCUCGAACCUUACGCCUACUCUCGCGACGUCGCCUACGUGGUGGUGGCCGCCGACUGCGACGCACUCGCGGACCCUCUCCGGGCCUUCUUCCGCGAGCUAUCCACGGCGUACGAGGCAUGUCGUCUCGGCAGGCACCGGCCCGUGACCCGCCUGGCCCGGGACGGCCUGGUGCGGACGGGAGCGGCGCGGUCCGGCGAGACGGACGAGUGGGCGGGCCCCCUACCGGCCGGCCGCCUCGGGCGCUACUUGCGGGCCUACAGCGAGGCGCUGCGGACCGCUCUGGUCCCGCAGCUCGCGGCCCUCAACCUGGACCGGACUCUGCUGGAGGGCGAGCGGUCCGACUCAAUGCGGCCGCCCGCCACCCCCGAGCGUCCUUCUUCACCCACCGAUCACGAGGCGGAGCCCGCGCCCGCUCCGCCGCCCCCUGCCGCUCCGGAUGACGACGAGGCCGGUCCGCCCGCCCUCGUCCUUUACAUCGUGGAACCCCCUGCCGCCACCGCCCACCGAGCCUCCGCGCUUCACGCCCUGCUGAGACUCGCCGCUAACACAUACAACCAUCUCCAUCACCAUAACCCUCUCAUUAAGAUAAUAUCGUUGGAGAGUGUGAGCGAGCAGUGGAGCGGCGCCGGCGUGGGCGCGGGGGCGCGGGCCCUCGCCUUCACGGUGUACAGCGGCGCGCGCCGGCUGCUGCACCACCACGCCAACGGCAAGUCCUUGACCGGGUUCGGAACGGCCGCCGCCGCUAACCUCUUCCUGCAAGCCAAGGACGACAAGAACCGCGCGCCCUACCGACUGUACUCCCCCGCGUGGGUGCUGGCUGCGCCCCGAGCCCUGCGCGAAGUGGCCGAGACCUGGGGCCAAGGCGGGACCGCUGACGCCGUCCUCUUCGUGUCGUACUGCCUCUCGCACGACCAGCGCUGGUUGUUGGCGGCCGCCACCGACUCCCGCGGAGAACUGCUCGACACCAUCGCGAUCAACAUACACGUACCUCACAGAUCGAGGCGGAGACGGAGCGGCACGGCGAGGCGGCUCGGACUCACCAAGCUCAUGGACUUCACGCUGGGCGUCAUGAGCCAGGCCGCGCAACCCUGGAGACUCGUCAUUGGACGAGUCGGUCGCAUUGGACACGGCGAACUCAAAGGCUGGAGUUGGUUGUUAUCGCGAAAGAACUUGGAUCAAGUGUCGACUACGCUGAAAGACCUGUGCGGCAGCUGCGGCUCGGGGGCUCCGUGCGUGCUGUCGGCCUGCCUGGUGUCCACCGAGCCCGACUCGUGCCUGCGCCUCAUGGCCGACCGCUUCACGCCCGACGAACGCUUCUCCCAGGCCUCCAUCCAGUCGCACCUGCACACGCCGCGCGACGUCUCCGCCACGCACAUCCUUGUGUUUCCCACCUCGGCCACCACGCAGUCGACUCCGAUGACCUUCGAGCAGCCCCUCGCGAACGGCGAGGACGGCGACAUGAUGCUGCUCGACAUCAACGACGAGGACGGGGAGCACAUCGACGAGCUGCUCAACUGCGACAUGUUCAACAACAUGUGGGCGCCCGGCAGCCCGCGCCGCGCCGACGACGACGCCGCCAGCCCCACGCCGCACCUCGCGCAGCAGCGCCUGCGGGACGACGGCCGCGAGGAGCGCGUGGGCACCGUGCUGCAGCAGCCGCUCGCGCUCGGCUACACCGUGUCCACGGCGCCGCUGGCCGGCAUGCCCGCCUGGUGGUGGGCGAGCUGCGCGCACCUGCGGGACGCCUGCCCCGCCUUCCUCAAGACCGCGCUGCACCUGCACUCGGUGCACGGCGCCGACGACUACGCGGCCUUCACCCAGCGCCGCGACCAGCCCGCCCACCCGCUGGACUCGCAGACCACCACGGACGUGCUGCGGUACGUGCUGGAGGGCUACAACGCGCUGUCGUGGCUGGCGCUGGACACGAGCACGCACGACCGCCUGUCCUGUCUGCCGCUGCACGUGCAGGUGCUCAUGCAGCUGUACCACGCGGCGGCCGCGCUGGGCUGAGCGACCCCCGCGCUCUUGUUCAUGGUUACCAUUAGGGCCUUCGGUCGUUGUUGGGCCGUGUUGUAUUCAAUUAGUUUGAUGAUAGUGAAAAUUAGGUCGUUACGUGAGAUUGAAUGUUUCGGUGUGUUGUCUUAAAAAUAUAUAUAUUUUUUCAAUGUGAACACUUAAUGUAAAGUAGAUAAAAUAAUCAGAAAAUAGCGUCCUGAAAAUUUGUGAUGAACUUCAUUGUACUGACUCACCCUGCACUAUGAAUUAAUUUAAUAAAUUUUUUCACAAUACUCACGAUAACAGAUGAUUGACCGUCCUAACGGUUAAAUUAUGUGAAGUUCCGAUCGAGCAGUAUUAAAAUAAUUAUCAAUUAUCGGGACCCAAUAUCCUGUUUAAGCAUUUUCUGGUCAUAGAAUUAUCACAAAUUUUGGAGGAUGCAUACAUAGAUUAUUAAAAAGAAAUUGACAACUACAAUUACCCCGAUUGAAAGUUCAAUCGAUCAACAUUUUCAAAACUAUCGAACAUCAAAGAUAUACAUUUUACAUUAAUGAUGAAAAUCCAUGUUUUUGAUGCAGAGGUUACAUAUACUUUGGUUGAACGGGAACGACGUUUACUUUAUUUUGUGAUAUUUUUCCUACAUGAAUUUAAUAAAUGGAUUUUAAUGUAUAAUGAGUAGUAAAGCUAUACAAGUUUUUGGAAAAAAUAUUUCAUUUCGAUUUAUUAUUAUGAAAAUUGAAACCAUCGUCGUAAUGUUAGGGAAAAUUAAUCGAUGAAAUAUUUAACUUGUUAAUUAUCUAACUGUAUGUAUUAUAUUAUAUAUAAGAAGAAGUAUUAAAACAGUUUUAUAAUGAAUUUUGUACCAAGGAAAUAUUACAGAAGGCCAGUUAUUUAUAAUCAUGAUUAAGACAUUGAAAUGAAAAUCGUCUGGUUUCGAAUAAUGCACCAACUACGCGAAUGAAACGAGCCGUGUGCUCACUAACGAAUGAAAUGAAUUCUAAAUAUUUGGAUCACUUUAGUGUCACUUUGACUCCGCUGAAGUCGGCAACAAACCAUAACGCCUUCACAAUGUUUGUACGUUAUCGAAGUGAAUUUAUUUCUAAUUGAAAAUAAUCGACAACGCAGUCUUAAAUGUACGAUUGGAUUUCAUAAUAUUAUUAUUAUGGUAUUUGACAAAUUCCUACCUCACAAAGAUGUAGGUCAUUGAUUGAUCAGAUUGAAUUUGUAUUGUCUAAAGUCUAAAUUCGUAUCCAAAGUGAUUAAUACUCGGAAGAUGUUUUCUCAAGGCAACAAUCUUAAAGCGGAACAUGUGUUCGAGUGAUUCAACAAUUCGACUAGUUUUAUAAGAACCGGAGGAAACAUUGCCAACUGUUAUAGAUACGAAAAUUAUUAUUUUUUAAUUAAUCAAUUCUUCCUUUUUCUUGUAUUAAUAAAAUAACGUAUUUUGGCGUAUUCAUAAAGAAAAAAGUACGUGACGAGCAAGAUUGCUUGCAGCGCUCGAUUCAUUAGGAUUUGUCAAAACCCAACUUCCAUUGCAGUCUUGCAUUAUUCUCACACGACUUCCCGCUCACUUGUUCCACAAUACGAACCUCAUUUUACGUAGUUUCAUUUGCAAGUAUAUUUUAUUUGAUUGGCGGCCGUUAAAUGUUUGUCGACGUUUUGAUUUUUACAUUAUUCGUUGAAUGAAUAUCGAUUGCGUACGGAUUCGCAGUCUGGCGCGGCCGAUGAGAAUCCUUAAAUAAAUGCAACACCAAAUAAGUAUUUGUGAAGGCCUUUUUUUCUCUUUGUUAUCAAAUAUGUGAAAUUUUAUAGCAAUAAUAUUAGGUGAUAGAUAGAUACAGUUUAUCAGUUAUCCAAACGUGAAAUAGUAUAUUAUAAAAGAAUAUAAUUUUUGUCUAUAUAGGCUUCGUCGACUAUUUGAUGAUCGAGCGACGCGUAAAAACUUUGGCCUUAACUUAAAAAAAAAAAUUCUCAAAUGUGAACGUCACAAUUUAUAUGGAGGUGUUGUAUUCGUUGUUGUGCUGUAUGUAAAUGUGUAUAAUGUAAUAUAUUUCGUUAUUAUAUUUAAACCGGUAUGCAUUACCAAAGGAGUUAGAUACUUGUAGUCUUAUAGAUAUUUUUACGAGCGUUUCAUAAGCGAACGUCCACACGUCUUGCGAAUUCUCAUCUACACCUAUUUAUUUAUUGUAAACUUGACACGUUUUUUUUUUUUUUAAAUCAUUUUGUACGAUUUUUUUACGGUUAAAUGUGUUUAAAUUUUUGGAAACUAUUUGUUUAGCUAAAUUGAAUUUCGUUUUUUUAAAAAUAAUGAAUCCGUAUACUAUUGCACUCUUUUUAUACAAGGGAACAAAGCUCAACGUGUGCUUCACGCAUUAACGUCCGCAUUGCACACAUCCAACUGAAGUAAUCAAUUCAAAUUACAUAAGAGCAAUGCGGUGAACAUAUUCUAAACGAUUGAUAGUUAUAUAAAUUUGUCUUAUGAUAUAUAAAAAAAUAAAAUCUGCCGGUCAAUAACUAAUUAGUAACACCAAUAGUUUAUGAUUAGAUAAAUUAAUAAUAAUAAUAAUAGUUAUAAAAGAGCCCCCUAGUUCACGUUUGAUUGUAGCAUUUGUAUUUUAAAAAAAAUAGUUGUUCUCGUUUUUAUAUGAACGGAGCCCAAACUAAACGGCGUGACGUUGUUGUGUUGUCGAAUCUCCGACUAUUUGUAGUUAUAUGAAAUUUUAUAUUUUAAUAUUAUAUUAUUAAAAUGUAAGCUUAGGGAGACGUGCUGUGAACAUUCUCUGUACAGAAACAUUGGGAGGCGUGAAGAAAGCCUUUGCGUGUCACUCUUUAAUUCAUCUUCAAUUCUAUACACAAUAUGUGGACAGCAGAUUGGAUCGCAUGAACAAAACGAUGUUGUAAAUUAUUUUUGUUGCUUAGUACCUAAUGUUUACUUGUUUGAGUGGUAGACGCGAUCGGUCGACCAUAGACAAUUUGUACAUGUGUUGUGCGAGGAGCGAUACAUAAAUUAUUUAAAUGUAGAGGCGGCUCGUCCGCGACUUACUGAAUUAUGCCUAGUUGAAUAAUGAAAUGUUUUAAAAUGUGUUACGGCAUUUGAAAAUAUUUAAUGAUGUUGUAUAUAGUUUAUAUUUUUGUUUUUUUUUUUGU